AUGUGGAGCUCGAUAAGGCCUCACAGCUGGAGGUGCAUGUGGAACCAGAGCUGGGCUCAUCGCUGCUGGGAUGGUGAGAUCAACUACCAGAGCCAGAUGGUGGAGAAGCUGAAGGAGCAGAUGCUCAACCAGGAGGAGCUUCUUGCAUCAUCCAGGGGUGACAGUGAGAAGGUGCAGUCAGAACUCGGCAGGCUGCAGACAGAAAAUGAAUCUGCAAAGGCAGAGGUGAAGGAGGUCCUGCAGGCCCUGGAGGAGUUGGCUGUCAACUAUGACCAGAAGAGCCUGGAGGUUGAGGAGAAAAGCAUCCAGAACAAGCUCCUGGCUGAGGAGCUUGCAAAGAAAAUGAGUCACCUGAUGGCAUUGGAGGCAGAGCUGUCCCGUAUCCAAGAAGUGAGCAGCCACCAGAGGAAACGCAUCACUGAGAUUCUCAACGGGCUCAUGAGGGACUUGAGUGACUUCAGCACCAUCGUUGGAAACAAGGAUAUCAAGCUGCCCAUGGAGAUUACCGGUGCGAUCGAGGAGGAGUUCACUGUGGCUCGCCUCUACAUCAGUAAGAUAAAGUCGGAGGUGAAGUCCAUGGUGAAGCGCUGCCGCCACCUGGAGAACCUGCAGAUGGAGUGUCACCGCAAGAUGGAGGAGACGGGGAGAGAGCUGUCCUCAUGUCACCUCCUCAUUUCACAGCACAGGGCCAGGAUCCGCUCUCUGACUGAGUACAUGCAGAACGUGGAGACGAAGAAGAGACAGCUGGAGGACAGCUACGACUCUCUGAGUGAGGAGUUGGCCAAAGUCCAAGCACAAGAGAGUGUGUCACGGAUGACCAGGGGGGAGAGUGAAAAGUCGGUCCAGGAUUACUGUGAUAUAAAGAGAGUUCUGGAGCAGCAGAUGGAAUCGCACCGUGAAAUGCACAGCAAACAGCUCGGCCACCUGCGAGACGAGAUCAUUGAGAAGCAGAAGAUCAUUGACGAGUUAAACGACUGUAACCAGCAGCAACAGCUCGAGCUGGAGCAACUGCACGUUGACUUUGAGUGUCUCAGGAGCCAAGAACAUCACAAGAGCCGCCAGCUGGAGGAACUGACAUUUCUUAAUGAGCGGCAUGAACAGUCGAAGCAGGACCUCAAAGGGCUGGAGGAGACGGUUGCUCGAGAGCUCCACACCCUGCACAACCUCCGCAAGCUUUUUGUGCAAGACCUCACAUCUCGAGUUAGAAAAAGUGCAGGGAUGGAGCCCGAUCAUACUGGAGGAUACAUCACCCAGAAACAGAAAAUUUCCUUCCUUGAAAACAACCUGGACCAGCUUACAAAGGUCCACAAACAGCUGGUACGUGACAAUGCAGACCUUCGCUGUGAGCUUCCAAAACUGGAGAAACGUCUUCGGUCUACAGCUGAGCGAGUUAAGGCCCUGGAGGGUGCACUGAAGGAGGCAAAAGAGGGAGCCAUGAAGGACCGCUGCCACUACCAGCAGGAGGUGGAGCGAAUCAAAAACGUGAUGAGGACCUACAAUCCCUUCCGCCGGCCCCAUGCUGCACAGAUUGCCAAGCCGGUGCGUCCUGGUCACUACCCAUCCUGCUCCCCCAACAAUCCAUUCUUCAUCCGGGGCUACAACGAUCACCCCGUUGCCUUCUCCGCCGCUGUUUCCCACAACAGCAACAACCAACAAGCAGCUGCUCCUGUUAGUCCUCCAGUGCCAAAGAGUGAGAGCCGCUUACCUGAGGCCAACUCCAACCAGAACAUCCCUGUCAAACAGCUCGUCUCGCAAAACGACGAGCUGCGUGACAGCAAUGCUCAGAACAACACACUUCCAGCUGAACCAGCGAGCCAAGCAGACAACAGCACUGCAGAGAUGCUUGAUUCAGAAAAUGGAAACACCACUGACAUCAAUGACAACAGAACUGACGUCUGUGACAAUCAGGACCCAGCUAAACUGUACAGCCUGCAGCUGGACGCCUCAGCCAGCUAAUAGUCCUGAGCAGGCAGAUAUUUUUCUAAGGCCUCUUGUGUAAAUCUGCAUGCAGCUAAUCCACUCCUCCCAUACUCUCACUGCUGUACCAGAACUCUGUCUCUCAUCUCCCCUUUGCUCCCUUGGUUUGCUCCUGGAUUGCACUGCAUUGCAAAAACCUGGCAGCUCGCACCCAUAUCGCUGCUGCACCCUCCAACACAUCACCUGGUCUACAAAGAAAUGUCAUAUAGAACGGUGUUAUAGGUAACCACUGGCAGUGCUGUUUCAGAGCGGACACCAAACCGGUUCAUUAAACUGAAAUUAAUCUUUUCUAUAAUUAUUCAACCAGAGUAUGGAUCAGCAAUGUGUGUUAAACAUGAAUAGUGUGGACUUUAGCCUCCCUUUACUAAUAUUUAUAUGUUUGACUGUGCAUGUUGAUGUUGGUCUUCAGAUCUUCAUGGAAAAAUAUACAAGAAAAAGGGAACACAAUAGUAAAUCAACCUUAUCGUCAAACAUUUCAGUCAAAACACCAGUGCGAACGAGUCAAAACUAACUUAGUCAUGUUUCUUUAAAGAAUUAACAAUAUUCUGCAUGUUUGAUAUUGUCAGCUCAUUCCAUUACAAAACCAAACACAAUGGGAAAGAGCACAUACUAAAAAUGCCGUAUCAUGCAGUGUUAAAGGGAAAAGAAAAGAGAUCCUGUAUCCUUAAUCGAAUAUGCUUCAAAAUGUAAUGGGUCAUUAGAUUUUCCUUAGGCCAGGCCCAACCCCUGCACAACAUUUCUUUGGAAACAGUUCAGUAGUUUUUGAGUAAUCCUGCUAAGAGACAGACAGACACCAUUGCCUUCCUUUAAAGGUCAUUGUGUUAUAUCAUUUGACUGCAAACCUGUCUGUGGCUCUCGGCCACAAGCCUGUAUAUUUGUACUGAGGACAUAAAUAUUUAAUAACAGGCCAAGAAUUUAUUGUUUCCUUAAAA